GAGCAUUCCAUCAAAGUCUUGGAGCUGAUCUCCACCGUAUGGGAUUCUGAGCUGCACAUUGCAGGCUUGAGACUGCUGAAUGGACUGCCUCUGCCGGACUUUGCUCACCCACAACUUCGUCGGGUGAUGCCAGCCCUCAUGGAGAUCUUGCAGACGGACAGCAUUCUGGCCCAGGUCCAAGCAGUUAGACUCCUGAGUCAUCUGGCCCAGAAGAACGACCUAUUAUAUGACAUCCUUAAUUGCCAGGUGCAUGGUAAUUUCCUGAACCUGUUCCAGUCCACACAGCCUGGGAACCUGCUAUUUGAGGUGCUAGUGUUUGCAGAGCGACUGAGUGAGGGUCGGAGUUCUCCCCAUUACCGAGCAGUGAACUGGCAGUACAAUGAACAAUCUUUGCAUGAAGCGCUCUUUGGGGAUGACUCCCGCCUGGCUGACCGGCUGCUGGCUCUGGUUAUUCAUCCUGAGGAAGAGGUGCAAAUUCAAGCCUGCAAGGUCAUUGUCAGCCUACAGUGCCCUCAGGACAUCGGCCACCGGCCCUCGGCCUGCCAUGCAUCCUCUUCCCACUUUCCGGAAAGGGAAGACAAUCAUUAAGGAGAAACCAAUAAAUGUCAUAUGGGAGAGAAAGAGAAAAAACCCAAAGAAAGUGGGGAGGGGGUGGGAACGUUGGAGAACAGGCAGCAUUUGUUCCAAUUCACAGAGCUUGAAAGAACCUCACAGAAGUCAUCUUGUCCGACCCCAGUCCCCAAGCCAAGGUAACAACGAGUGUCAUCCCCCUAAACAUUUUCCUCAUUAGGAUGAAAUACAAAGAGCACUGGAUUUGGAGUGAAAAGACCUUGGUUCAAAUG